GUAGGUCUUAGCGCCACAAGACAGUCGUUAGGGGAGAAUUUGGGGGGCGAGAGCCUGACGUCAACCAACGGGGAGACAUGAGAGUGGGGAAGCACGCCCGCUGUAGAGAAAAAUCCAAGACACUGGCACAGCACGUUUCCCUGUCCUCACUUCUUACAGGCUGGUUGACCUCCAUCUCAUCUCUCGCCGCAUACCAGUCCGUGGCAUCAAAUCUUCCGACCACUGAAUCCUUGGUCGCAGAUAUUUGCCUCGACCUGGGCAUGCGCACCCUACGGCCGACGAGCGAAACAUCAAAACCAAUCUCGAUCCACCACCCCAAGAGAGAUCUGCUAGUUCGCCUUGCUGGGAGACACGUCUCGUGCUUGGUUGCUUCUUUGAGGGACCUUGACGGCCGUCAUGAAGUUCGCCAAAGAGCUUGAGAGAGAUGCCGUGCCCGAAUGGCGCGUCAAGUAUCUCAACUACAAGGCGGGCAAGAAGCAUGUCAAGGCCGUAGCAAGAGCUGUCAACAGAGCCAACCAGACUCCUCGCGGACUCGGUAAUCCUUCGCCAUCCUUCCUCCCGACCCAAAUCAGCAGAUCCGAGCAACUCGACACUAGCUACUCCGACAGAACAUUAACCGCCAACUACCAGUCCCAGUCAGGCUCCAAGAGCUUUGGCAAAGGUAUCCCCUUUAGCAAAUCUGCAGGAUACGACGGCCACGGCUCCUACAAGAACAAGCUCCAGUAUGGCAGCUUUGUUGCCACUCCACCGCUUAUUAGUCCAAUUUCACAAGCCGACUCGCAGAAUGAUUUCUCUCUGCCGGGCCCAGCGCUUCGAUCGCCAAACGAAUCCUCCCCGCCGCGAAUAGACGAAGAAUCACUGCAACAAAUCCCUCCUGCGGAACACCUGAAGCGUCUAAAGAACUCCAUGGGGCUUCUUCCGCAAUCCGACAGUCAAAAUACUAUUUCGUCGUUGAAGUGGCCUAACAAAAGUAAGAAGGAUGGCACAGACGGCGCGUCCCACGUCCGCCGCAUCUUUUCUUACAACGGAGGCUUCUCUCGCGAUCAGUCUGCUGCAAACCUGCAGCCCCUUAACCUGGUGAGAGAGAGAGAGGCUGUCUUUUACGACUUCAUGGAUCAUGAACUUGACAAAGUGGAGAAGUUUUACAGUCUUAAAGAACGCCAAGCAGGUGAACGGCUGGCUGUGCUGCGAGAGCAACUGCACGUCAUGAGAAAUCGCCGCAUCCAAGAAAUGAUUGACGAAAGCCUUGGACAGCCGCAAGGGCAUAAUAAAGGCACUUCACAAAGCUCAUCUGAUCGAAGCAACGCGUGGGUUCGCCCUCUUAAGACGAAGUUCUUCCCACCCGGUCCCAACUCGAAAGGGUUUAAGAAUAUGACACAGACGCCUUCCAUAUCACACAUGGGUGCCGACACUGAGAUUGACGAACAACGAGACUAUAUCAGACGGAUUGAUCAGCGCGAUGUUCCCUACCGAACUGCAAAACGAAAGCUUAAGCUUGCCCUCCAAGAAUUCUACCGAAGCCUGGAGCUUCUCAAGUCUUACGCUAUGUUGAACAGAACCGCGUUCCGCAAAAUCAAUAAAAAGUUUGACAAGGCUGCCAAUGCUAGACCAGCACUUCGUUAUGUUAACGAGAAAGUCAACUGUGCCUGGUUCGUUAUGAGCGAUGUCCUUGAUGGCCAUAUCAAAGCGGUGGAAGAUCUUUACGCCCGAUAUUUUGAAAAGGGCAAUCACAAACUGGCGGUAAAUAAGCUACGCAGCUUGUCCAGGAAGAAGUCGGAUGAAUCUGGCAGCUCCUUUAUGAACGGAUUUCUCAUCGGAACCGGAUUGGUAUUUGGAAUCCAGGGCGUCAUUUACGGCGGCCAGCUGCUCUUUCACGAAAACCCCGUCGUACGCGUCCACACCAGCUACUUGAUGCAAAUAUACGGUGGUUACUUCCUCAUGCUUCUCUUGUUCUGGCUUCUCUGCCUAAACUGCUGGGUUUGGAUAAAAUGCAAAGUCAACUACCCCUUCAUCUUCGAAUUCGACCAACGCAGCCUAAUUGACUGGCGCAGGCUAGCCGAGUUCCCCAGCUUCUUCAGUUUGCUACUUGGACUCUUUAUGUGGGCGAACUUCAGCCGAUAUGGUUCCGAACAAUUCUAUUUGUAUUAUCCUGUAGUAUUAUUAGCACUAUCUGUGCUGAUUAUUUUCUUCCCUGCACCCUUUCUAACAUACAAGAGCAGAAGGUGGUUUGCAUAUUCUCAUUGGCGCCUUCUCCUGGCCGGUAUAUAUCCUGUCGAGUUCAGGGACUUUUUCCUUGGCGACAUGUAUUGUUCACUUACCUACGUUAUGGCUAAUGUUGAGCUAUUCUUUUGCCUCUACACCAAUGGUUGGAACAACCCAGUCCAGUGCAAUUCUAGUCACUCGAGAUUACUUGGCUUCUUCACAACACUGCCUGCCAUCUGGCGUAGUCUGCAGUGCAUAAGGCGAUAUCGAGACACCCGCAACGUUUUCCCGCAUUUAGUCAACUGCGGAAAAUAUAUGAUGACUAUCCUAUCUUAUGUCACAUUGUCAUGCUAUCGCAUCGACGGCACAUGGGUCAAUCUAUCUCUAUUUAUUGCUGCUUCUGCCGUCAACAGCGUUUACUGCUGCUUCUGGGAUCUCUUCAUGGACUUCUCCUUGAUGCAGUUCCACUCAAAGAAUUUUGGACUACGUGACAUUUUGGCGCUAAAGAGUAAAUGGCCAUACUAUACCAUCAUGACCAUUGAUGUUAUCUUCCGAUUCUCAUGGAUUUUCUACGCCAUAUUCACCCACGAUACACAACAUUCAACCUUUGUGUCUUUCCUCGUCGCUUUAGCUGAGAUUCUGCGUCGUGGACUCUGGGCACUUUUGCGCGUUGAAAACGAGCAUUGCGCCAACGUCUCCCAGUACAAAGCCUCGCGAGAUGUACCGCUGCCAUACCGUAUUGAACCCCUCCUGGUUCACUCGAGCGCUACCACCAGCCCUGCGAUAUCGCCUACCGACGAACAGGCGCCACAGCUCAAUAUGUCUAAGCUGCCGGAUCAGAAUGCUGGCCGCCAGGACGGCGCUACUUCUACAGGUGCUUCGGCCGCUCCAGCUACCGGUGCAGCUACCUUUAGGCGCAGGGCCGACUCUGUUGGUGCGCGAGCUCUUUCAAGAAUCAUCGCCGAAGCACACAAGCAAGAUUUCGAGAAGAAGCGCAAACCAGAGGAGGACUCCGUGGAAGACGAGCGUCGUGCACUCAACAGUGACUUUGAUGACGAUGAAGACGACGCUUCAGAAGAUGAGAGCGAUUUGAUGGCUAUUGAUGAAGCAGCGACGCUCAGCCGUCGUGGCCAGGAGACAGAUGACGCCUAGAGAUGCUCCUUGGCAUCGAGACUUCUCCACGCAAUAGCAUUAAUUGUCAUGUUUACUUGGUAGAUUAUGUCAAGAAUUUGUAGAAUGAAAUUUGAAGAUGAUUGAGACGGUUUCUUUGCUUACUAUUUACUCCUGUCUAACCCGUAAUCAAGUAUCCACGCCGUGCUAUAUACACGCCAGCCUAGCCUUAAGAUCCAAAAGAGACAAAAUGAAAUAGUUCUAUUACAGCUUAGUAUUCCCACUCGUUGUCGAGCUUCUCCCAGUUGUCAAGGAAGCCCUUGAAGAACUGAACUGCCAGACCAGGAUCUUGAGAUCCGGUUGUAGCGCGGAUGGAGUGCAUGCUGAGCUGGGGCAUACCAGCGUCAGCACCACGAAUGCCCAUCAAGCAAGCAAGGUAAGGACCGAUAGUUCCACCGCUGCGAGAAUCAUUGCGGAUCAUGAAAGGCUGUGUCUUGGAGCUUGUAAUCUCCGCAACACGCUUAAGAAUGGUUGUGGAUACGGAAUCGGUGAUGAAGUGGCCGUUGGGGUCGGCGGCAAUGACGAUACCGGUGUUGAGCUUGGGGAUAUGGUCAGGGAGAUACUGUUCAAGGAAGUUGGGGUUACCAGCGUGAGAGACAUCGGCAGAGACCACAAACGAGCGAGCAUAGGUCUGGCCAAGAACACCGGCACCAGGAGGGCCACCGGAGAGGGCUUCGAGGGAUCGCUCAACGACGGUAGGGAUGAAGUUACUGGCAGCACCUUGGCGGAGUCUGGAGCCAACUUCUUCGUCGUCAAAGACGCCGACCAACUUGAUGUAGCUGUCCUCGGGCUUGUCCUCACUAGCAAUGAGGGAGAUGAUGGCGGGCCAGGAGCAGAGCUUGUCGUCAAUUCGGCCAGCAGAAAUCAUAUCUCUGUCGAAGCCAAUGAGCUGAGCAGGCUGGGAGUCGUAGAGCUCAAGUUCCCAGUCCUUGAUGGCGUUGAAGUCGGCGAUGCCAAGCUGCUUGGCGAUAAGCCUGACAAGCUUAGCUGGUUGACCGUUGAUGAAGGAACCCUCAAAGCCGAGGGCUUCCUCCGCCUCAGCGGUGUGGGUAGUAUCGAGGCCGACAAUUGGUACGGCCUGUGUUUCCUUGUUUUGUUGACCUAGCAAGCCUUUGCCAAAGUGGACAGCGAGGGUAGGGAUUUUGGCAACCGGCCAGUCAAUCUUAACAAGCUUGGUGGAUGUGACUCCGGUUUCGGUAUCCGUGACUACAACACGGCCACCAAUGCUGAGAUCACGAUCCCACCAGGUCUCGUUGAGAGAGCUAGAGUAUGGAGCAACACCAAGCUGGUUGUAGCCAGCCUUGGCAGGCUUUCUGCUGCAAGGCUUAAGCUUAGCUGUCACGGCAUCGACGUGACCACAGACCAUGCCAAUACCAUUGCCAGGCUUGUAUGCCUUGCCAACCUUGAAUGCAAUAAGCGAGCUUCCGUUCCUGGUAAUAAAGUAUUUGCCUCCAGGUCGAACGACUCCAUUCCAGUUGUCGCGAGCAGAAAG